CCCACUCAAAUGAACUGCAUUUUCCACGCGUGUACAAGCUUUCUACAGUCUAUGGUAUAAGCUAACGUCUGUUUUUAAAUAGAGACACUGUGGAAAUAGAAGAGUAUUUUUCACUAACAUGGGAGGACAGGCAAAAAGCAAAAAGAAAAAUAAGCCGAAGCGGAAAGAGAACCGUCCAAACAAGGAUCCGGGAAUUGUUGGACUGACACCUCAGGAAAGGAUGAGAGUGAGAAUGCAUGAAAAAGCCAAGAAGAAGACAGCUGAGAAAUACUCAGUUCAGCAACUACUAGAGAAGACAGAAGAAUGCAUGGAUAGUUUUGAUUUUGAGAUGGCUGGCCUUUUCUGUCAACGAGCCCUUGAUGUGGAGUCCAGCAACCUACAAGCUUUAGACAUGCUGGGACACAUCUACUCAGAACUUGGAGACACACAGAAAGCCAAAGGAGUGUUUCUGCGAGCAGUGGAGCUGAGCCCAGAUGCUGGCCAUAGCAAGUACAUGUACCUGGGACAAAUCCACUCUGGCCAGGAGGCUCUAGACUACUACAAUAGAGGAAUACAAGUACUGCUGUCAGUAUUGGAAAAACAAGAGCAAACCACACAGGUUCAAGCUGGAGCUGCUGCCCCUCCAGAGCAGGACCCUGAUCUCCCCACAGUGAAGGAUGUUAGUGCAGCGUACUGCUCCAUCGCAGAGAUUUACCUUGCAGACCUCUGCAUGGAAGAGGGAGCUGCAGACAAGUGCAAAGAGUCCAUUGAGAGAGCAUUACAGUAUCACUAUGACAACCCUGAGGCUCUGCAGCUCAUGGCCAGUUACCUGUUCAGUACAGAGAGAAACCAGGAAGGCAAAGAGUACCUGUUGAAGAGUGUUGGAUUGUGGCUACCUGCCCAGAAACAGAGAGAAGCGUCUUCAAGCACAGAUGAAGACUUUCAGAGUAUGAUCCCUCCAUACGAGUCCCGCAUCACCACAUCCAAACUGCUCAUCGAGUCUGAGGAAUACGAGUUGGCUGUGGAUGUGUUGGAGGGUCUUCUGGAGGAGGACGAUGAGGUUGUCCAGGUGUGGUAUCUGUCAGGGUGGGUGUGUUAUCUCCAACUGGAAAAAGCAAAGGAGCAGCAAGAAGGAGACGGAAGAGGAGUGACGGAGGAGGAGAAGGAGGAGCAGAAGGCAUUGACAGAGGCAGCAAGAUCGUACCUGACCAAUGCUAAGAAGUUGUACAGUAAGCUGCGGUGUGAUGACCAGCCAAUGUUGGAGCAUGUGGAGCAGCUGCUGGGCGAGCUGGGAGGAGAACUAGAGGGAGAGGGGGGAGACACAGUCCUGGAUGACGAUUAUGAACCCUGUAGUGAUGAAGAGGAGGAAGCACCCAUGGAACACUGAACACAGCACCCUUUUCUUGUGCUUGGAUUACACUUUUCACUAUCAUGCUCCUUGUAGUCUAAAUGUUUGAGUCUUCUCCCAUAAAGUGCCUUUUUAAGUGGUUAUCCUUUCACACACAUUGAGUUGGAGUGAGAUGCACAAAAACAUCCACAUUAAAAGCUGCAGUCUACCCAA